ACUGUGCCAACAACAACUGCACCAACAUCAACUGUGCCAACAACAACAGCUGCACCAACAUCUACUCAGACAUCAACAACAACGGCACAAAUAUCCACUGAGGUAACAACCACAAAACCAACAUCUAUUCAGCCAACAACAACAGCACCAUCAUCUACAGUGCCAACAACAACAGCAGGACCAACAUCUACUGUGCCAACAACAACAGCAAUACAACCAACAACUUCUGAGUCCACAACAACAACAGCACAAACAACUUCUUUGCCAAUAACAACAUCAUCACCAACAUCAACUGUGCCAACAAAUACAGCACCAACAUCUAAUGUGCCGACAACAACAGCUGCACCAACAUCUACUCUAACAACAACAACAGCAGAGCAAACAACUACUGUGCCAACAAAAACAGCAGAACCAACAUCUACUGUGCCAACAACAACAGCUUCACCAUCAUCUACUCUGACAUCAACAACAACAGUACAAACAUCCACUGAAGUAACAGCCACAAAACCAACAUCUAUUCAGCCAACAACAAGAGCACCAUCAUCUACUGUGCCAACAACAACAGCAGGACCAACAUCUACUGUGCCAACAACAACAGCAGCACCACCAACAACUACUGAGUCCACAACAACAACAGCACAAACAUCUUCUUUGCCAACGACAACAACAACACCAACAUCAACUGUGCCAACAACAACAGCACCAACAUCUACUGUGCCAACAACAACAGCAGGACCAACAUCUACUGUGCCAACAACAACAGCAACACCACCAACAACUUCUGAGUCCACAACA